UACACAAGUCGUUCAGUCAUGCCUCUUGGUUCAUCUUCACAAGUUUCUUGAUUCCUAUCUUAGUGUUUUACUAUUAUUAAAAAAAAAAAAUAUAUACUCUACGUAAAAAAAAAUGAAAACACGUAGCAGAUGUGUGGUGGGUAGGAUCCAACAACGUUUCUCGAUCAGUCUCAUAUUCAGAUGCAUCAGAGUUCUUAUUAACAGAUCUAUUUCUUUCUUAUCUUAAACAAUAUUCUCUCAAGUUUUACUUUCCAAAAUAUAUUCUGUUUUUCACUCUCUGUUCUUAUAUAUUGAGUGUUAGUGAGAGAUUAUAUGAAAUUUACCCAAUAUUGGUCAUAUAUAUCGGGAAAAAAAAAUGUCAAGAAAGCCAUGUUGUGUCGGAGAAGGGCUGAAGAAAGGGGCGUGGACCACCGAGGAGGAUAAGAAACUCAUCUCCUACAUCCACGACCACGGCGAAGGAGGCUGGCGCGACAUUCCCCAAAAAGCCGGGUUGAAACGGUGUGGAAAGAGCUGUAGGCUGCGUUGGACUAAUUACCUCAAACCUGAGAUCAAAAGAGGCGAGUUUAGUUCUGAGGAAGAGCAAAUUAUCAUCAUGCUUCAUGCUUCUCGUGGCAACAAGUGGUCGGUCAUAGCGAGACAUUUACCUAGAAGAACAGACAAUGAGAUCAAGAACUAUUGGAACACCCAUCUCAAGAAACGUUUGAUUGAGCAGGGUAUUGAUCCCGUGACUCACAAGCCACUAGCUUCUAAUUCCAACCCAACGGUUCAUGAGAGUUCGAACUCCCUAGAUGCCUCUAGUUCCGACAAACAGUACUCCCGGUCGAGCUCAAUGCCUUCUCUGUCUCGUCCACCUCCAUCUGGUAGCAACAUGGUUUCCGAGGUGACUGAGAUAAGCAGCAAUGAUGGGGCACCAGUGCAAGGCGGUACCUUGAGUUGCAAGAAACAUUUCAAGAAAUCGAGUUCUACAUCAAGGCUAUUGAACAAAGUUGCGGCUAAGGCCACUUCCAUCAAAGAUAUAUUGUCGGCUUCUGUGGAAGGUAGCUUAAGUCCUACUACAAUAUUACAUGCAAGCGUUUUCAAUGGCUUCUCUGAGCAGAUUCGUAGUGAAGAGGAUAGUUCUAACGCUUCCCUGAUGAAUACUCUCGCUGAAUUUGACCCCUUUUCCCAAUCGUCAUUAUACCCUGAGGAUGAGAUCAAUGCUACUUCUGAUCUCAACAUGGACCAGGAUUACGAUUUCUCAUACUUUUUCGAAAAACUUGGGGGUGAUAACAACAAUGAGGAGAACAAUAUGAAUGUCGAGUUCAACCAUGAUCUCCUCAUGUCCGAUGUUUCCCAAGAAGUCUCAUCAACUAGCGUUGAUGAUCAAGACAAUAUGGUAGGAAACUUCGAGGGUUGGUCUAAUUAUCUUCUUGACCAUACCAAUUUUAUGUAUGACACCGACUCAGAUUCCCUCGAAAAGCAUUUCAUAUGACAUCUUCUUCGUAUCCAAACAAAAAGGUUCCAAACUAUCUGAAGACGUAAAACAAUGGUUCUGUAUCCAACGAGAAGUUAUGUAUAUAUGUAUGUCGUAUUUGGGUUGUUUAGUAUAUAUAUGUCCAAGGUCUCAUGGUUAAUAACUCCCCCACGUUAUUAAUACCAUGCUAAAUAAGGGUGUUUGACUCAAACCGAUUUGAGUUAGGGUUUCUCUUACAUUGAGAACCAUGCAUGUAAUGUAACCUCGCGGUUCAAUUACGCGCGCGGGCCACGAUAUAAUGUUUAAUAUUGUACUAAAGUUUAUU